UAUUCGCCGCCGGUGAGGAAAUGUGAUGGAGGGACAAGAGUGGCGGGGCGAGUGGCAACAGCCGCGUCAGCUGGACGGAGUAUCGACAAGCCAAGGUCCACGCGGCGCUGGCGGGUUCACGCUGUCGCAGUCCCUGGUGGAGCGGCUCGGCAGGGACCACGAGCAGCCGCUGUUACCUCCCCUGCAUCACCCCAUCAGAGACAACUCAGUAUGCGCGCGCAGUACAUACUCACCGUUGCAGGCCCUCAGCGAGAGCACGUGCAGGGACCAUGGAGCGCAGGCCGCGCCUCCGCCCCAGCCCAUACCAAGGGUACAGCAGACAUCAUCCCAAAACGUGACUCUCCACCCGGCGGUGGCGCGCUGUACCGCGACCCUCGAGCUGGCUGCUCUCUGGCGAAGCUUCCACGAGCUUGGCACUGAGAUGAUAGUCACUAAGGCGGGGAGGCGCAUGUUCCCCGCGCUGCAGGCCAGGCUCGCCGGUCUGCUGCCGAACGCGGAGUAUCUACUCCUUGUGGACUUCGUGCCACUUGAUGAUAAGAGAUAUCGAUAUGCUUUUCAUAGCUCAAGUUGGGUGGUGGCCGGCAAAGCAGACCCGGUGUCGCCGCCGCGGUUCCACCUACACCCUGACUCGCCCGCGCUCGGCUCGCACUGGAUGCGGCAGCUUGUCUCCUUCGACAAACUGAAGCUCACCAACAACCAGCUCGACGACAAUGGACACAUCAUCCUGAACUCAAUGCACCGCUACCAGCCACGGCUGCACGUGGUGUUCCUGCCCGGAGACGGACAGGCCACCGCGCCGGGCACCGUGCCCUACAGGACCUUCGUGUUCCCGGAGACGGGCUUCACAGCUGUCACCGCAUACCAGAAUCAUAGGAUAACGCAGUUGAAGAUCGCAAGCAACCCGUUUGCGAAAGGUUUCCGAGACUGCGAUCCUGAUGACUGCCCCCCGGAGCAGAGUCAGCAGCGCGGAGGCACGCCGCGGCGCCGCGAAUCGGCGCCGGCCGAGCCGUGCCCGCAGCUGGCGCAACCGUACGCGGCCGAGCCCAGCGCCUGCGGACCGUUAUAUGCAGCGCACACGCACCCCAUGCGAUAUCAACCCCAUUCGAGCCACAAUAGCGCUUACAGUGCGUACUACGCUCACAGAUAGCUGUUAACAGCAGGCAACAGUUUAGACACUAAUGAUGGUAAAGACAACGGCUGGUGUGCAACAAGUCUCGUGGUAGAGUGGAGUUAACACCUCGUAUGGUGAAUGCAAGGAUUCGUUAGUUGAUAAGGAAGGAUGGGAAUGGCAGCUGUUAAGGCAAAUAGUCGAUCUUUAGCUCAUUCUUUAGGUCUUUAUAAUUUCAAUUUCUUACACAAAUUGUAUUUAAUAUCGACGUUUGAAGGCAAUUAUAUCAAGCGACAAUCACUAAAAUUUGAAGUAGAGUGAUUUAGGUUCAAUUUUAAUAAGAAAAUCUGAACUAAUUACUUUAUAAAUAGUGUAAUGAUAUUAAAAUUGUCCUAGAGUUACAAAACCUAGAUUAAAUGACGCAGAAAAAUUGGGCGAUACCAAAUAUUAUAUGACUCAAUUUCGUUAUAUUUGUCGCUUAGAUACGAUUGCCUUUCAAGCAUUGAUAAUUGUACUGGUGUUUAAGUAAAUUAUAAUUACUAUGACUGCAUUAAUAAAUUGUAGCAAGUGAGUUCUUUGGCCUUCUCAGCUGCCAUUCAGAUAGGAUUAGAUGAUUUAUUUUUGCCUAAUGGUUCAGUUGUAUUGGCACUGUAUGUCUUUUGUUGGAUAUGACAAUGAAACAAAAACGAAAAAAUAGUGAAGAAACAAAACAGAAACGAACAGGCAAAUAGAGCAGAAUAUCGGUGAUUAUUUUUGUUUAAUUUGUUUUGAUUUAUAUUUCUUUGCUCUAUGCGCCGAUCUCAAGCCUAAUUGUAAUUUUUAUUCACAACAACAAGAGAGAAGAAAUAAAAAUUGAAUAAUUAGGUGAUACUUUGCCGUUUGGCAAUGUGAUGAUAAUAUAUAAAAAUAUAGCCUACUAACAUUAUUCAUGUAAAUUCUAUACAGUUUGUACUGCCAUUAAAUAUGUUAUUAAAUAAAGUGUGCCUCUUCUAAGCUAAUAUUGCGAUGACGAAACAAAAUUAUCUUAAUUUUAUUUCGUCAUAGUAAUGUAACUACGUUACCAAAUAAUAUAUAUGUAUAGUAUAUCUAUUGUAAGAGUAUAUACCAAAAACAAUAUGGAUUCUGUUUCAUUUUAACUGAAAAUGAAGACUAGAAUGCAUUUCUCAAACAUGUGCCAUAAUGUAACCAAAGAAAUCGAAGCACUGUAAUAUUAAAAAUUAUAAGAUCUUAUGUUUGAAUAUUUAUUGAAAACGAUUAAAGAUUAAGACGAAUAAAACUUGUUAU